CGGGAGAGAAAGGAGCGGGCGCUCCCCUCCCCACCAGCCGCGCCUGCGCUGUUGCCGCUUCUCGCUGCCGGCCGCGCAAGCCCGUGUGCCGCUCGGGCGGGGCUGAGGGGAGCGCGGUGCCGCUGUCGCGAUAGUUGCGCGCUCGGGACGCCAUCGCGCCUAGGCUGCUUGCGUCGCUUCGGAGCCCGGUGGCCGGUCGGGAGUGAGGAGGAGCUUCCUGCCCGGCGGGACGGAGCUGCCGCUGCCGGAGGCGCGUGCGAGGGCUGUGCGAGCGGCUGCCGUGUUUAACUUAAAUAAAAAUGGACUGGAGUGGAAAACACAACGGGCCAAAUGAUACAACUAACGAUGGAACAGUGGUACGACUUCGAGGCCUGCCAUUUGGAUGCAGCAAAGAAGAGAUUGUUCAGUUUUUCCAAGGGUUGGAAAUCGUGCCAAAUGGGAUAACAUUGACGCUGGACUACCAGGGGAGAAGCACAGGGGAGGCCUUCGUGCAGUUUGCUUCAAAGGAGAUAGCAGAAAAUGCUCUGGGGAAACACAAGGAAAGAAUAGGGCACAGAUAUAUUGAAAUCUUCAAAAGUAGUAAGAGUGAAAUCAGAGGAUUCUGUGACCUGCCAAGAAGAAUGAUGGGACAACAGCGACCUGGACCAUAUGAUAGACCAUUAGGAGGAAGAGGGGGUUAUUAUGGAGCUGGGCGUGGAAGUAUGUAUGACAGAAUGCGUCGAGGAGGUGGUGGAUAUGACGGUGGGUAUGGUGGCUUUGAUGAUUAUGGUGGCUAUAAUAACUAUGGCUAUGGAAAUGAUGGCUAUGAUGACAGAAUGAGAGAUGGGAGAGGCAUGGGAGGACAUGGGUAUGGUGGAGCUGGAGAUGCAGGUUCAGGUUUCCAUGGUGGUGGUCAUUUUGUUCACAUGAGAGGACUGCCUUUUCGAGCAACAGAAAAUGACAUUGCUAAUUUUUUCUCGCCAUUGAAUCCUAUAAGAGUUCACAUUGAUAUUGGGGCAGAUGGACGAGCUACAGGAGAGGCAGAUGUGGAAUUUGUAACACAUGAGGAUGCAGUAGCUGCUAUGUCAAAGGAUAAGAAUCACAUGCAACAUCGAUAUAUUGAACUAUUCCUGAAUUCAACUGCUGGAGGUGGAUCUGGAAUGGGAGGCUAUGGCAGAGAUGGCAUGGAUCAAGGUUACGGCUCUGUUGGUAGAAUGGGCAUGGGUAGCAAUUACAGUGGCGGGUACGGAACUCCUGAUGGCUUGGGCGGAUACAGUCGUGGCAGUGGAAAUAGUGGAGGAUACUAUGGGCAAGGCAGUAUGGGUGGAGGAGGAUGGCGUGGAAUGUAUUGAAGGAUAGCCUUGCUUCUGCAUAAUAUCCUGGAAGAAACAGUCUCUGGUCUACUAGACUUUCUUACAAAAUUUAAUUUCUUUUGUAUUUUAAGAACUUUAUAAUGACUGAAGGAAUGUGUUUUCACAAUAUUAUUUGGUAAGCAACAGAUUGUGAUGGGAAAAUCUGUUUUCUGUAGGUUUUAUUUGUUGCAUACUCUGACUUUAAAUAAAUUUUUAUAUUCAAACCACUGAUGUUGAUACUUUUUAUACUAGUUACUCCUAAGGAUGUAUUACAUAUUCAGGAAACAGCCGGUUUAAGAUGUUGUACUAUGGUUCAAUAAAGGUGGUUGUACUGUAACUCCUAUGAACACUGAGUUCUAUGUAAUCUUGGUGUAGUGAAUGAGUUUGAAAAAUUCACUUGUUUGAGGGGAAAAAGGUAGAUUAAUAGACUAGUUUAUUUGGUAACAAUCUUUCCUAAAUCCUUUUGAUAAGUUGUAUGUAAUAAUUUCUCAACAUGGCAUUAAGCUGUGGAGGCUAAAAGUCAUAGUUCCAGCUUCCUUCCUUGUACUAUCAGAAUCUACUGUGCUUUUCAAAUGCACAGUUGCAUAAAUGCUUAGUUUCCAAGUUGUAUGCAUCCACAACACCAAGCUACAGUAGUCCUGUGCUUUGCUGUAGAACUCCAGGUGCUGCGUUUCACAUGUUUAACUUGCAAAUGAGUUGCUAAUCAAACUAAAACACUAGCACAGCUUUCAGCUAACAUGAAAUAGGUCAAAUACUAGUUAAUUUCAAGUUAGUUUAGCUCUUUUUCUUCACAAACUGUUUUUGGGUGUUUUUAGGAAGACUGGGGGAUUUUGAAGCAAGAUAUAAGUUUCUUUCAUCAAACUUGUAUUUCAACACCGUUGAGCUUUUUUUUCCUUUAGUGCACAUAGCUGAUUUGUCUGUAUUUGUUCAAAACUUGGCAACCCAUUUUAUGGAUGAGCUUGUUAGAAGCCAGGUCUCUAAAAUGACAACUGUAAGCCUGAUAUUUGUGAAGUGACACAACCCCAAACACAUUGAAAAAAGUUUUCUGUGCAUUUGUGACAUGUAAGAUGUGUAAGAAACAAUUGUUUGAAGACACUUAACAUACCUGAUGUGUAACGAGGUAUUUAUUCUGAGCCAGUGUGAUCUCCCAAAAUAACUGCUUUGUCCUCAAUGCCUCCCGUAAGAUGUCAAAUGUGAUCUUGGGUAUUGAAAGUUUGUCACCUGUUUUGCUAGUACUGUGUUAUAUAUGUAAUAAAUGUCUUACUGUGGGA